AUGGCAGACACCACCAAAGAAAUCGCAGACCUUAAAGCGCUCGUGGAAUCCCUCCGGAAAGAAGUCUCGAAGGUCAGCGGUAAGUUCAAUAACCUAAUUGAUCUUUCCAAAUACUAAGCCCCAAGCAAAGAUGAAGCAGAAAUAAAGAAACUUCAUUUCAAAUACGGAUAUUACUUAGACAAAUGCCUCUACAAAGAAGUGGUUGAUCUUUACUCCAAUGACCCAGAAACUUUCGUCGAAUUUAUUGGGGGUCGCUACCGCAAAAAAGAAGGUGUAAGGCGUCUAUACAUUGACAGAUUUGCCGCUCGUUUCGUCCAAGGACGCAAUGGUCCUGUACACGGUUUCUUACUGGACCACGCUCAGAUGCAAGAUAUUGUCGAUGUAUCUCCAGACGGCAUCCACGCCCAUGCUCGCUUUCGAGCUCUCAUGAGCGCUGGCACCCAUCAAUCAAUCGCCAAGACCCAUCCUCGUGAGUUUGUCCAGUGGUGGGAAGGAGGCCUCUACGAAAAUGAGUAUGUCAAAGAAGACGGGGUCUGGAAAAUCUGGAAAUUGAGAUAUUUCCCCUUUUGGCACGCGGAUUUCGAAAGAGGAUGGAGCAAAAAAGAAGACGGAGAAUUCAUCCCAUUUGACACGUCGACUUUUGCGCAAGGGAAUAUUACGGGCCCUGAUGAGAUUGUGGAGCAGAUGAUGUUGUGGCCUGACACCAGGGUAGUCCCGUUUCAUUAUACGCAUCCAGUCACGGGGAAGCAGAUUGAAGAUGAUGAUCUGAGGGCUCCACAUUGGGGGGAGAAAGUUGAGGAUAGUAAGCCGGCCUUGGUUUUGAACUAA